GCCGACUGCUGGCUCAUCGAGGGCGACAAGGGGUACGUGUGGCUGGCCAUCUGCAGCCAGAACCAGCCGCCCUACGAGACCAUCCCGCAGCACAUCAACAGCACGGUGCACGACCUGCGGCUCAACGAGAACAAGCUCAAGGCCGUGCUCUACUCCUCGCUCAACCGCUUCGGGAACCUCACCGACCUCAACCUCACCAAGAACGAGAUCUCCUACAUCGAGGACGGCGCCUUCCUGGGCCAGGCGAGCCUGCAGGUGCUGCAGCUGGGCUACAACAAGCUCAGCAACCUGACCGAGGGCAUGCUGCGCGGCAUGGGCCGCCUGCAGUUCCUCUUCGUGCAGCACAACCUCAUCGAGGUGGUGACGCCCGCGGCCUUCUCCGAGUGCCCGAGCCUCAUCAGCAUCGACCUGUCCUCCAACCGCCUCAGCCGCCUGGACGGCGCCACCUUCGCCAGCCUGGCCAGCCUCAUGGUGUGCGAACUGGCCGGCAACCCCUUCAACUGCGAGUGCGACCUCUACGGCUUCCUCACCUGGCUCGUGGUCUUCAACAACGUCACCAAGAACUACGACCGCCUGCAGUGCGAGUCCCCGCGGGAGUUCGCCGGCUACCCGCUGCUGGUGCCCCGGCCCUACCACAGCCUCAACGCCAUCACCGUGCUCCAGGCCAAGUGCCGCAACGGCUCGCUGCCCGCCCGGCCCGCCAGCCACCCCACGCCCUACUCCACCGACGCCCAGCGGGAGCCGGAUGAGAACUCGGGCUUCAACCCCGACGACAUCCUCUCGGUGGAGCCGCCGGCCUCGUCCACCACGGACGCGUCCGCUGGGCCGGCCAUCAAGCUGCACCACGUCACCUUCACCUCGGCCACCCUGGUGGUCAUCAUCCCGCACCCCUACAGCAAGAUGUACGUCCUGGUCCAGUACAACAACAGCUACAUCUCCGACGUCAUGACGCUCAAGAACAAGAAGGAGAUCGUCACCCUCGACAAGCUGCGGGCGCACACCGAGUACACCUUCUGCGUGACCUCGCUGCGCAACAGCCGCCGCUUCAACCACACCUGCCUGGCCUUCACCACGCGGGACCCGGUCCCGGGGGACCUGGCGCCCAGCACCUCCACCACCACCCACUACAUCAUGACCAUCCUGGGCUGCCUCUUCGGCAUGGUCAUCGUGCUGGGGGCGGUCUACUACUGCCUGCGCAAGCGGCGCAUGCAGGAGGAGAAGCAGAAGUGCGGCAAGGUCAAGAAGACCAUCCUGGAGAUGCGCUACGGGGCCGACAUGGAGGCCGGCUCCAUCGUGCACGCCGCCCAGAAGCUGGGCGAGCCCCCAGUGCUGCCCGUGUCCCGCAUGUCCUCCCUCCCGUCCAUCAUCGGGGAGAAGCUGCCCACUGCCAAGGGUCUGGAGGCCGGGCUGGACACGCCCAAGGUGGCCACCAAGGGCAACUACAUGGAGGUGCGUACCGGCACCAGCACUAGCACCGGCACCGGCACCGGCUCUGGCCCCGGCACUGGCCCCGGCCCCCCGGGGGCGGGGAACAGCCAGGGCUCAGCCACUGAGAUCUCCACCAUCGCCAAGGAGGUGGACAAGGUCAACCAGAUCAUCAAUAACUGCAUUGAUGCCCUCAAGCUGGACGCGGCCUCCUUCAUAGGGGGCGGCAGCAGUGGCGGGGACCCCGAGCUGGCCUUCGAGUGCCAAAAGCCCCAUGGCCAUGCCCUCAGAGCCUGUGGCUGGGAUGCAUCAUGCGGGGGGCCCUUCGUCGCCCCCGUCAGCACCCAGGAAAAGAGCAGAGGCACGGGGACGUUCCACCAGCCCCUUCACGUGUCUUCCAAGUAG